AACAAGAAAGAUACAUUUAACCGCUCGACUAUUAAUAAACCUACCUCAAGUAAAUAUGAUUUGAAAGCACGAUUACCAGAAUAAAGCUGUCACUUCGUUGUUGUCGUCGCUGAUGUAAGGAUGCCAAAUGUACCAGGCAGCAGCUUUGAGUUUAGCGAGUUUUGUGCUCGAGCCCCAGUCCAGAUCGUUGGUCCAGAUGGACACACUCUGACGUCAUGGGCAAAAGAAGGUGACCAUGUUUAUAUUCUGAAACUCAAACUCAGUUUUAUUCACGUUGAGUGAGUCUCUAGUCACCGGAGGGCAGCAGCAAGUGAGCACACCUGACGCUUUCACGCCUACUCCCAGACAAAAAUACAAAAACUAUUUAAAAUCGAGAAGAGCCACUGGUUGCACAUAUCACCGAAUCUCCUUUUGUUGAUGCAAAUCAGAGACUACCGAGGAAGACCCAACAAACCAACAUUGUUCAGAAGCUGAGGUGGGACUGCCGUACUUCCUAUUUACCUUCUACAUCAGACCCUGCUUUGCCUAGCCAAGUGUGUCUGUCAUGGGGCUGCUUCUAUCCAAGAGGGACAUCAAGAGGACUCCCACUGUUGUUCUGAUGGGCCUGGGCUCAUCUGGGAAGUCCACCCUGCUCUUCAGGCUCAAGACAGGGUUGGUGAUGGAUACUUCCCCCACCGUGGGCUUCAACGUGGUGACCCUGGAUCUGAACAAGAAAACGGCCUUGACCGUGUGGGAUGUGGGAGGACAGGGCGAGAUGAGGGCCAACUGGAGGUACUACCUGGAGGGCUGUAAGGCUAUGGUGUUCGUGGUGGACAGUAGUGACCGGGCCAGUAUAGGGGACGCUCAGAAGGCUCUGAAGAAUGUCCUGUCAGACGACAACAUGAAGGGAAUACCUCUGAUGGUGCUGGCUAACAAGAAGGACCUCCCCAACACCAUGAACAUCAGAGAGGUGUCCAACCAGCUGGAGCUGCCCAGCUACAAAGACCGAGCCUGGCAGAUCCAGGCAUGCAGCGGCCUGAAGGGAAUGGGGCUCCAGCAAGCCUUCCUCUCUGUGGCCAAACUCAUCAAGAAGAGCUGAGAGGAGACACGUCAGUGGAGAUAUCAUUGUGUGAGAGACACUUGACAAGUCGGAGAUACUGACUAUAUAGUGCACUACCUUAAACUAGAACAAUAUGAAAGUACCUCAGAAGUAGUGCACUAUAAAGAGAAUAGGGUGCCAUUUGAAAUGCAGAUAACGGAACAAUGAUUGUGGAAGAGCCAGGAUUCUCAAUCCAAUUAUGAACUAAACGCAGGAUCCAUAUUUGGGCAUUUUGAUUGUGCGAUCAACAUGGUUGAGAUUUAACACUUAACAUCACAGCAGUUAAAUGUGCCUGCUAAGGGAGACUGGCGAGUAUUGUUACACUGUGGAGAUGUGGGGAAAGAUAGCUAGGGAAAAUAAUAUAAAGUUAAGUAUCUUCAAACAAAAAUAUUAAUGAUAAACUAAUAAAACAUGCUAAACCGAA